AGAUGAACCAGGAUGGAUGUCUCUACAAUUUUGUGACAGUGUAAGUCAAGAUGACUUCGCCAGAGGUAGUCUUGAGACCCGAAUCCAAGCGCUCGCAUCUCAACGAUAGCCGGAGAAGCAGUAUCUUUACACUAGCCUUUGAAGAUGAAGAUGGUUGCCUUCCACAUAUCUUCGCCUGCCGUCAGAAUCUGGCAACGGAAAGGGGGAAACGACUGCAAACGGUUCGCAUCUGGAUUUUAUGCUCUGUUUCGCUGGUUGCCAUUUUGGUCGUGGCCAUUGUCGACGUCCAGCAUUAUACCAAUGAAGAGUUCAAUAAUAGGCAAUCAAGGAAUGCAUUACGGCAGUGGGAGUGCCUUGAUCCAAUAUUGCACUACCUGAGCGUAGAGGGCGCCUUAGAUGCCCAGGUAAGGGUGAUUCUUGAAAACCUGAACAGAACUAGUACAUCGACGAAUUCUUCACCACUCACACUCCUGCUAUCUAAUGCUUCAACGGAAGUUGAUUCAUCAACCCCAGAACCUUUCACAACAACCAUUCCUACUACUCCAACUCCCCCAAUAGUGUCACCAGCCAUAGCAGUAUUACUGAGCCAGUUGUAUAUAUUUCGUAAUCGUACUGACACCGCUCUUGCCGACUCGUGUGCAGAGAAUCUUUUUUCCGAAUCCGUAAGCAGUAACAAUACAAGUUCUUUCAAUAAAAAGCAACUCAUGGACCGACUUGAGCAGCAUCGCUGCAUCACUUCGCGCAAGAACAAAAGUAGCUACUUCUACAGGGAUAUCCGCAGAGAAUUAUUUUCACUCGGUUCAACUCUUCACGUGACGUCCGGGUACCUUGCAGUCCAUUCUUCGAGGUCAUCUCUGGCAAGCGAGAUGGAACUCGUCACCCGAUGCCUUGGGCCUUCUGAUCACCUACCUAGUGACUUCAUCUAUACAGUGGAAGCUCUUCACGGAUCGGCGCAUACACUUUUACAAUUUGCUGUUGACACAGAUGCUUCUGUAUUAAACAGGGUCCUUGAUGAAGUGCUGACCGAUGAGCUUUAUACUGAUAUUUUGUAUUUACGUAGAUUAGACGUUCUUUCGAUGUGCAAUACGUCGGUCAUUCCAGACAACUUCAGUAUGGACCCUUACUUCGAUACUAUGACUGAAGUACUAACAACCCUAAAACGCGUGAACGAUGACGUCCUGCAGGACUUGAUCCAAGUAACCGAAGAGAGACUAGACUCCAUUCGAGCCCGUUUGGUCAUUGAGAUCGUGGCGACGUUGUGCGUUGUGCUAUUCUUUCCAUUGGUGCUGAACUCUGUAGGCAACAUGACCGGCUGGAUACACGACUAUGCUCAUCGGCUCAAGGAAAGGACUGACGAGCUGAAGCAGGAGAAGAAGAUGACAGAGAGCCUGUUGUACCAGUUGCUACCCAGGAAAGUGGCCAAUCAGAUCCGGGCCAAGCAGCAGGUCUGUGCGGAAAGUUUCGACGCCGUGACUAUCUUCUUCUCGGACAUAGUCGGUUUUACCAGGAUCUCGGCUCACAUCAACCCCAUUGAGGUGGUCGGAAUGCUCAAUGACCUCUACUCUUGCUUCGACGGCCGAAUCGACGUCUAUGACGUCUACAAGGUCGAAACCAUCGGCGACGCUUACAUGGUGGCCAGUGGGUGCCCAGAGAGGAACGGUGAUAAGCACGUCAAGGAGAUAGCUACGAUGUCCAUCGACCUCCGCAGUGCGGUCAAGCAGGUUCAUGUCCCUCGCUCGCCAUCCAUCAAACUUCAGGUCCGGAUUGGUAUCCAUACGGGUCCCUGUGUUGCGGGGGUGGUAGGAAUAAAGAUGCCUCGUUAUUGCCUCUUUGGGGAUACCGUCAACACAGCAUCACGUAUGGAAUCCAAUGGAUUACCUAAUAAGAUCCAUUUGAGCGGGGAAUGCUACGAAGCUUUGUCUAAAGACACGACCUAUGUCAUGGAGAAGAGAGGGGAAGUACAAAUCAAGGGCAAGGGAUUAAUGACUACCUACUGGCUUAUUGAGCGUGCAGACUUUAGCGAAGUGAACGACAGCGCCGUCUGCACCUGGAAACCGAAGAAAAGGAAGAAAGUGGCCUUAGACGCGGGCUCCCAGGAUUUCCUAUCCGUCUCCGAAUACUCGUCUGCAGCAAACAGCUCGAUCAGCUUGAAUUCGACCAUCAAAGCGGCUGGGGAUGCGACUGGUGACAUUGCGACGAACGAGGUGAAGCGGUUGCCCAGAAUUCCAGGACAAGUUCCCGAAGGAGAUGGUGCGCAGAAUGAAGCGGAAGCGUGAUGCAUUGUGGGAUAUGGAGCAGAUGGGGAUGAAAGGGGUAACCACCAAUGUAACACGAUGAAUCAAUGAACCAAACUGUCACCAUAUUUUUUAUCAAUAUUAUCAUUUUUCUAGUAGUCUCCCUCAGAUCUUAACUAAAAGAGUUACCAUUCAGGUCAUGAAUUCUGAUUCAUUUUUAAUUCAAAAUAUCUCCAACGCACUUCAUUUAUCCAUCCACCUAUACAGCGAAUGUCAUAAAGUCCAAAAUAUUGAUGACUUAUUUAGGGUGUGUUGGAAGAAAAUAUUUACUAUCGAUUGCAUAUUUCUGUUGGAAUUUUACAACCGAUCGAUCAAUUUUAACUAUUAUAGCACAUCAUUUCCUACUCCUUGUUGCAAGUAGCAGAGUAGCAAUUAAUUUCAUUUUGCAAUUAAGUGCAGGACUUUAUUACCAAUUUUGAGAAACGAAAUUGACUUGCAAUUGAUCGCAAGUUUUGUGACGAGAAUGUUUGAGCCGUAUAUUCGCCGUAAUCAACGGAGCCGUAAAUAUUCGCACGUGGAUGGUACGGGCCUUAACUCCAACAACAUCGCCUAAAUGCAUGGACGACUUCGUGAUUCACCUAAAAACGGGGAAUUUUUAGGACUAAAGAUACCUCAAGCAGCGAUCACACAUUAAUGGUUUGGAUUGCGGUUCACGGCGGUCCGCCCCCCCCCCUUCCCCCCCCCCCCGAAGUCGGAUGUAAUCAGAGCCCUUAUAGUGGGUAAAGCCAGGGCUACACCAAAACCGAAUUCGCCCGAAUAAAUUUGGACCGAUUCUAGCCGAAUUCAGCCUAAUUUGGAUGGUUUCGGUGGAUUCGAAUGUUCCCAAAUCCUUCCUGAAUUUUCUCGCAUUCGCGGAGGGUGGACCAGCCGAAUACGUGUACAGAUGGAUUCGCAGCUGAUUCAGUUCCGGUGUAACUCGGACUUAAUGCAACGUUUCGGAAAUUCUUUUUGAGCUGUGCUUGCCUAACAUAGCAAUACGAACCAUGUUGCAACCCAUUUCUAUACUAAAUGACUUUGAUUGCAUCCAACGUUGGGGUGAACCGACUUGAACUGCUACCUAAACGGACGAUAUAUAUUCCCUUAACCCAUAAACACAGGGAUGAAUGAAAAAGAAAAUUAUGACUGCAGGGUAAAUUUUUUUUUGUAAAAAAAUAAUAAUCGACCUGAUUAAUUAGUUGUUAAAAGCAAUGGAAGUGUCCUUUGAGGAAAAAAAUAUAUUCAAUUUGCUCAUCCACCAUCGAGCAAUGUAAUCCGACAUUUCAUCUCUCGAAUUUAAUUUCAUUUAUUGAUGACGUUCACAAAAUAAUGUAUUUCUUUCUCCUUCCUGGAAGUUAGUUAUAUCACAUCCUUAUUCCUUAACCCGUUGGGGGACUGGACAAUUUUACUAUAUAAACACAGGUUUUCCAUAUCGCCUCCAGCGGGCUCAGUCAAUAAAGGGUUAACCUCAAGC